AUGCGCCCACUUCCUGUCUCGGCGCCCCCACGCGUGCUGUCUGCUGCCGAGAGACCUCCUCCCUCUCGCUCUGCUAGCCCGGCCUCAAACGCCACCUCCUCCAGGAAGCCUUCAGAGGCUGACGCCCGAGUCUGCCUCCUGCUGGGGGCUGCCCGCAUGCCACUCAGCCCCUCUCUCACCCCGGCCGGGGACUCUGUCCCUGCCCCCGUGGAGGCCGUGGGGGAGGCGCUGCUCAAGACGGAGGACCAAGCAGGGCUGAGUCAGCAGGAGCAGUCGGGGGGACAAGGAGAUAGAGCAGAGGCUGGGAGGCAGCAUCCCCAUGCCACCCUGGACCCCUCCACACGGCAGCCUCGGGCGAUGCUGAGGACCCGGCCUGGUGUCAAGGGCCCAGGAGGCGGGACAAGCACCCUGCAUGCUGGGCCUCCUCCAGCGCUGCGGGCUGGGAGUCACGCAGGACCGCCGGGAGGAUGUCUGAUCACCGGGGAGCAGGAAGGGCAGGUGUGGGCGGAGGGGCGAGAGCAGGGUCCACCCCUCCUGGCUCCGCACUGGACAGGCGGGAGGGCCAGAGCCGGUCCCGGGCCCUCUCUGAGCAUCAGUCUCUACACCCGUAAAACGGGAGAGGCCACCGUCCCCGCCUCGUGCGAGCGCCGGGCCCACGACAGGAGCUGGUAA